CAGGAGUCAAGCGCAGAAUUAUGGAUGAAUACACACUAUUACUUAACCGAUGCUACCAUUAGCUAAGAAAGCUGUACAAAAAACAUACAUGCAUGUCAACAAAUUGAGUUAAUUGCACAGAAGUACCACAAUUGAGGCAUUACAAGCAGAUUGAUACCAAGAUUGAUAACAUUUACAUGUCAGUACCAAGUCCGGGGCAAGUCGUUACAAAAAAGUUCUAAACCGUGUAUAAAUACGCAUUGGCGGUGUAUCUGACCAAUGGGGCCCAUGUGUCAGGUGCCCACGUGGCUUUUUUUUUGCAGAAAAGCCCCUUGCUUUAUACGUAAUCACACAAAUGCCCAUAUUUUUGCGAAAAAUAGUUUUUGUGAGAAUCUUUUUCCCUGCAGUUUUUCACCGAAAUCGGACUCUUUUGAAAGUUUUCCUCGAGUUAAACAAAUAAGUAAAAUAAACAAAAAUCGGGCCAACUGGAAGCUACUACGGGGUUCCCAGGGCCAGAUCCGAAGGGCAUGGGGGGCCGAGCCUUCUCCUCCGACGCCGGCUGCGAACGGGGCAGACUCUUCUCCUCCGGCGUCGGCGCCGCGGCGGCUGCGGACGGGAUUGGGGCGGAGCCUCCUCCGGCGCCGAUGCCGGGGCAGAGGUCGCUGUCGACGCCGUUCCUGGACCCGGCGAUGGACGACAUGAUCUCGUGGGGCGAGGACGGGUCGACGUUCGUGAUGUGGCGGCCGGCGGAGCUCACCCGGGACCUGCUCCCCAAGUACUUCAAGCACAACUACUUCUCUAGCUUCGUGUGACAGCUCAACACCUGCAUAGGUGAGCUCGAUGGGUUUCGUUGGUUGAUUCCUCGGGCUCAGGUUUGGAUUUGGCCUCUCUAGAUUUUUGGCGUGGAAUGCCCAUGUUGGUGAUGCACUGAUGUUUGGAUUUUGCUUGAUGUGACGUGUAGAGAUUUAGGAGUUCGCCAACGACUGCUUCCGACAAGGCGAGAAGCGCCUGCUCUACGACAUACACCGCCGGAAGAUGGUCCAGUGUGCCAGGCUGGCGGCUGGGGCCGUGACGGUUGUUGUUGCGGCGGAUUCCGAUGGCGCUGCCGGUGACGCGCUUUGGCUCUCCGGAGCCGUAACUCUCCUCCGAGGAACGGGUUCUGUCAUCCAACUUUGGAUCCGUGGAGGAGCUCCCGCUGGCGCCGUCUGGCUCAGGAGGCUCCGGCUUGGUAGGUACCGCCGCCGGCUCAUCGAUCAGGCACAGCGUCUCUCGGAGACUACAAAUCAAUGUUCACGCGAACUGUAACUCGAGUGUGGUUGUGGCCUUGUGGCCAUCACGUGUGUCCUUGCGCGACAGGUCGUAGGUUCGAUUCCUGCUACUGCGUGAUUUUGGGUUCUUUUAUUUAUUUGUUUAAUUCGAUGGAAAUUUUUAAAAAGUCCGAUAGUGGAAAACUUGCGAACAAAAAAAAUCUCACAGAAACUAUUUUUCCGCAAAAAAUGGGCAUUUAUGUGAUUAUGUAUAAAGCAACGGGCUUUUCUAGAAAAAAACAUGCCACGUGGGCACCUGACAGGUGGGUCCCGUCGGUCAGAUACACCUUCAAUACGUAUUUAUACAUGGUUUAGAUCUUUUGUAACGACUUGCCCCGAACUUGGUACUCACAUGUAAAAAUUACCAAUCUUGGUAUCAGUUUGUAUGUAGUCCAUAUUGAAAUAUCCAAAACAUGGAGAUAAACAACAGUUAAUCAA